AUGAUUCACAACGAGAUUGCCCAGGUACAACAACAGGACGUUUUGCAUUCCCACGAUGCUGGGACCAUGGUAACCGUGGCAUCUGUGAGACAGCUUUCACUGGGUGAUUCCGAGGUUUACUUUUCCUCUUCUGGAUCAGAGCCAUUAUGCAAAGGAUUUCAGUCAUCCAAUUUUGGUUAUUCGAAAACCAUUGGCUCCACCGGCAGAGGAAAGGGCAACUGUUGUGUGGAUUAUGGCUCUGGUGAUGACGAUAACACGACAAAUAACAAUUACUAUACGGCUGUCAGGCUGAAUAUGUCCCAUUCAACACCUACUCAGAUGUCCCAUUCGCUUGAAUCCAUGCCCAGCACCCAAGCCAACCGAGAGGAACGCUUGCUUUUUUUAAAAGAAAUCGGACAAGCUAGAGCUGAGCUUGUAAGAUUUCGAAAUGAAAUGCAUGGGCUGGCCCAACAAAUCAAUGGCAUCGAAACCGAUCUUCGUGAUUCAAAGGACAGAGUCAACGAGAUUGAAGAAGACUUGACGGCCACACAAGAAGUGAAUGUAAAUUUGCAAGUUAUUCUAGAAAGAGCCGUUCAUCAGCAGAAGGAAUGCGAUGUGGUCGCUACGCGGGCGAUGCGACACAUUCAUGCGGAUUUAGCGAGUGUUGUUUAUGAUACCACGCAACUUCAAGAUCGAUUAAAGACGAUUGCGAAUUAUCAACGGGAACACGCAGGUAGUGUUUCGGAUGUGGUGGAAAGGAUGCGUGAAUACGUGCAGAUGCUGGAACAAGCGCACGGUACGAUUCAAAUGCUGCAAGAGUCAAAACCCGGCAACGUGGACGACGUGCUACUGUCGUUACAGGUUCGCCAUGGCACGAUGCCCGACUAUAUCAGCGAAACUUCAUCUACCGUGACGGAAGAUGAUGAAGAAGAACCCAAACGGAAUGACCGGUCCGCGGUACCGUAUGAAACACUGGAGAUUUAUCGCCAUCGAAUUAUUAGAAAACGAUCGUCGCUUCCUGGGAUAUCGACGACGAGUGAUCAACUUAAAUCUUCUCUGCUUUCGCACCCACUGCCACAACAGGGAUUGCGGUUACUACUGACUGAUACUCACCCGAGCUUGACCAUGGCAACUACAUUAAAGCGUUCUUAA